AUGCUUCUGAUCAUUGCCACUUACCGCAACGCUACCAGCAUCUCCCCAGAGGGACACUGUGAAAAAGACAGCGCAGACAGAUGGUGCGGAAGCUAUCUUACAAUCAUGGUUGUAGCCUACAUGUUUGCCAUGACUCGUUCCCAUGGUGGAGCAACAAACCUUUCCACUCCCAGCACAGCAUGCAUAAUCCACUCGUCGGCACACCUGCUCACAGG